AUGAAGCUGUUGUUUUACCUGUGUCUUUUAAUUGUGGGGCUUCAUUCUGAAAGUUAUUACUAUGAGCAUUAUCCACAAGGUGUAAGAAACCAAAAUCAAAGAGGCCAAGAAAACCAAUAUAUGCCACAGCAGUCUGUAGGGAAGAGUGUUUGUCAGUUUGCGUGUUGUUUCUACAAAGAGAUUUCUUCUCGUGAAAACAAUGGGAAUAUAUUCUUCUCUCCUUUGAGCAUCUCCACUGCUCUUGCAAUGCUGACUCUCGGUGCUAGAUCAGACACUCUGACACAGAUUCUUAGGGUUCUUAACCUUAAGCCACCUGAGAUUUCUGAAAAUGACAUACAUGAAGAUUUUCGUCAACUCAUGCAAAUGCUAAACAGGAAGAAUAAAGCGUUACAGCUGAAUAUGGGAAAUGUCCUGUUUGUCCUUGAUGGACUGAAACCACAAGAUCAAUUUUUGUAUAAUCUCAGAAACUUUUAUGAAGGAGAAGUUUAUCCUAUGAACUUCAAGCAGGCUGAUCAAGCCCAGGUGAAGAUCAAUGAAUAUGUAGCAGAAAGAACCAAUGGAAAAAUCAAAGACCUAAUAAAUAACCUUGAUCCACUUACUGAAAUUCUCCUCAUUAGCUAUAUUUAUUUUAAUGCUGAGUGGGAAAAACCCUUUGAUCCAAAAAACACUAAAAAGGACAAAUUCUUUGUGGAUGGGAACAAGGCGGUUCAAGUCCCGAUGAUGUUUGGAAUGGGCCUGUUCAAGCAUGGCUAUGAUAAACAGCUGUCUUCCACUGUGUUGCAAAUGGAUUACAAAGGAGGUGCUUCAGCCUUUUUUGUUUUGCCUGAUAAGGGAAGAAUGAAGAAGUUGGAAAAAAAAUUGUCUUGUGAAUGUGUGUCAAGAUGGAGGACAUUAGUCUCAAAAAGCUCAGCAAAUGUGUAUCUUCCAAAAUUCACUCUUUCUGGGACGUAUGACCUAAAAAAUGUGUUAUAUAAAAUGGGCAUUAUGGAUGUAUUCACCGAUAAGGCUGACCUAUCUGGGAUCACUGGACAGCCCCAGCACAGAAUUUCCCAGGCUGUUCAUAAGGCUGUGGUAAAGGUGGAUGAGACUGGCACCGAAGCUGCAGCUGCCACGGGCAUGGAAAUAGUGCCCAUGUCCGUUCCUGCUACCAUUAUAUUCAACAGGCCCUUCCUAAUGAUCAUGUAUAUGAAUGACAAUGUGCUAUUCAUGGGUAAAAUUGUGGAUCCUCUGAAAAAUCUUUGUGCUGUAACCCACUGCCACCAUGGAGACGUUUGCCAUGAAGUCAAUAAUACGAAUCUGCAUGAUGGAGUAGAAAAUUUAUUAAAGCAUGACUGUCACAAACGAGGCUCUAACUAUGCAGAUUUUGUAUUUAGAUUUUACAAGCAGAUUAUAGCAAAAGAAGCUGACAAAAAUGUUUUCUUUUCUCCCAUGAGCAUCUCCACUGCCUUUGCAAUGCUGUCUCUUGGUGCUAAGUCAACCACUCUGUCUCAGAUUUUGGAAGGACUGGGCUUUGGCAGUGUUGCUGAGGCUCAUGUAGAACAUAUACAUGAAAGUUUUCAUAAAGUUUUAGCAGUACUGAAUUGUACUGAUGUUAACAUCACAUUAAAUAUAGGAAAUGCCCUUUUUACAGCUAUUGGGCUUGAACCACAGGAGGCAUUUUUAAAAAAUACCGAACAGUACUAUGAUGCAGAUUUUUUUUCUUGCAAUUUCCAUAAGGAAGAAGAAGCCAAGAGGCAAAUCAAUAAUUAUGUAAAGGAGAAAACCAAGGGGAAAAUUCCUGAAUUAAUUGAUCAUCUUGAUGGCAAUACUAUAAUGGUUCUUAUUAACUACAUUUAUUUUAAAGCUGCCUGGGAAAAACCUUUUGCUCUUCAGUAUACCUAUGAGGAUGAUUUCUUUGUGAACGGAAAUGCAUCUGUUAGUGUCAACAUGAUGCGAUGUGAAACUACCUACAACAGUUACUAUGACCAGGAUCUCUCUUGCGAGGUGGUAGAGCUGCCUUACCAAGGCACUGCACGAGCGUUGCUCAUUCUGCCUGAUGAAGGAAAAAUGAAACAAGUGGAAGAUGCUCUUUCAAAAGAAACUAUUUGUAAGUGGGAUAACAGACUUGAAACCAGAAGAGUAAAUUUGCAUUUACCAAGGAUUUCUAUCAGUGGCUCUUACAAGGCUGAUGAACUGUUGAAGGAAAUGGGCAUUACUGAUGUAUUCUCUGGUAAUGCUGAUCUGUCUGGAAUUACUGGCAACCAUGGUCUCUAUGUUUCAAAAGCAAUUCACAAGGCCCUGCUGGAAGUAGAUGAAGCUGGGACUGAGGCUGCAGGAGCCACAGCCAUAAUUAUUAGAAAAGUUUUGCAUCCUUCUGUUACCAUCAAAUUCAACAGGCCCUUCAUUAUGCUGAUUUCUGAUAAAGCAACCAGCACCACACUUUUCAUGGGGAAAAUUGUCAAUCCUACUGAGAAGUAA